AUGUCCCUCCGAGGAAGUCUCGUUAACGAACUUGAAGGGACGCUCUUGUGUGCUGGAAACAAAAUAUUUAUCCGCCCCGACCAUGUUUCCAGAAGCCGGACUGAAUACCUGAACCCUCGGCUGGCCAUUGGACACGCAGCAAUCUAUCGAGACAAGUCAGACGAAUCAGUAUCCUCAAGUAGGACAACGCGCCCGAAGAUGAAACUGUUGACGAUCCUUGCGCUGGCUUUCGUCCCUGCGGGAAUCUUCAUCGUCAACUGCGCUCUCGACUGUGACCACUGCCAACGCGCAAGUCUCCACCCAAUUAUUCCACCGAAGUUCUCUACAGGUGUCUGCGGGUAUGUAGAAGACGGUGUCCCCUGCCAGGAAGAGCGUACCAAGAGACAUUAUGAAUGUACCAGGCGAAUUUGUCGAAUGGAAGUCAAGCUCAAUGUCCGAUCGUGGAGGGAUCCUGAAACUAAGCAAAUGAUCCGUGAAGGGUGUGGCCAUCAUCACAGAACCACCGUGAUCCCGCCAAUACCACUUCGGGAGGCUCAGCUGCACAGCUUCAUGCCAGAAACACCCGGCAUGUAAAGAAAUCCAGAAAAGCAAAGUAUAUCUUGUUCAGACCAUGAUAGCUGUAGUUGAGAUUGUAGUACAUGGAGAUUAUAGUACAUGAAUUCAUAUAAUCAGAAGAUGGUUCAAGCCUCUUUCAGAAGUUUCAUUUGUUUUUGCUCUCCUCUUUCUUCUUCUUAUGGUGGGGCAGUACCAACAUAGUUUUUUUGUUGUU